CCAUCACGUACCAUGUAUCUGGCAACCUUGAUCACGAUUGUUACGAUUGUCAAGUAAAAUUUUUGUAAAGUUUAUAUUUGUUUUAUUAUACAAAGUUAACACAGAAAGUUCAAAUAAAUUUUGUAUUGCAAACGUCACAGUAAUGCAACGUAUGCGCUUCCACAGACAAUAUACAUAAUUAACUAUUAGUAUUCAGUAAUACAAAAUUGAGUUGACGUUGAAGAGGUUUAGAAAAAUAUGUUGAAACCAAAGGCUCUCACGCAGGUUCUCAGUCAAGCGAAUACUGGAGGUGUGGAAAAUACUUUAUUACUCAACAGAGAUGGUGGAUUAUUAGCAUACAGCGGUUACGGAGAUAAAGAUGCUAGAGUUACAGCUGCCAUUACCAGUAAUAUUUGGACAGCUUAUGAGAAAAAUGGAAGAAAUGCCUUUAAAGAAGACGAAUUACAGUUUGUUCUAAUGGAUUGUAUGGAAGGAAAAGUUGUUAUUACAGAAGUAGCUAACUUACUCUUGUGUUUAUAUGCAAAAGAAAAUGUGGGAUUUGGAUUAUUGCGAGAAAAGGCACAGGCAUUGGCUACUUAUCUUGAUCAACCCUUAAAAACAAUAGCAAAUAUGCCUUAAAGAAAAAUCACACACACAAAUCUAUCACACUUACAUUUAAUCUAGUUUUUUAAGAAUUUGUUAUCUCAUUUUGAGUUACAUAUUUUCUCUAUAAAGUAUUUAUAAAUAUUUAUAAUUUAUGUAUUGAUUCUAUGUAUA